ACUGAGAGGACAGAAAAGGAGGUGUGGUCUUGGGCUAAAAAUGCUUUUAAGUCUGAUUUAGAGACUUGUUUGAUUUGGGCAAGGUCAUUCAGUAGUUUUUGGGGGGAUUUGAUUGGGGUGGAUAAUGAAGUUUUUUCAGAAUUAAAACAGGAGGUUGUGUUUCCAUUAAAAAAUAUACGCAAGGGGAUAAAAUGA